GUUGAUUCACUCACUCUCACUCUAGUCACACGUUCUGGAAAUGUUGUGAGAGUGCUUUCUAAAUAUAACCGCAGAGAGAGAGCGGGAGAGAGAGAGCACCUUUCCAGCCACUAAGGGUUCUCGCUGAGCUCACAUACACGGGCCUGAAAGGAGAGAGAAGGGUGUGAGGAGAGGAGACCGAGCGCAACUUUGACAAGUCCCAAAAUAAAACUUUUAGAGGGAGUUGAAACUUGCUGCGAACGGGACGACAGUCAAGGCAGCUGCAGCAGAGGAUGGAGGAGGACGCCUCGCCUAAGAAGUCAGUGGCGGAGCUGGCUGGAAAGUUCAAAGCUCAUGCCCCUCCCUUCCCCACGGGAACUGAUGGGAGUAAUAAGCCUGUUAGGAGACGCCCUCCUCGAACCCUACAGCUCCCCAAGACCACAGCACAGGGACAGGUGGACGAGGAGAAACCCAUCUCCCCGUCUCUGCAUCCUGCCAAAACCAAAAGGAACUCUGCUCUUAUUGAGAAACUGCAGGCUAACCUGGCUUUAUCCCCCUGUUCCCUCCUGCCCUCUCCUAAGAGCCCUGGGCUGAGACUGUUGCCCCCCUCCUUCACCUCCACCUGCUCCCCCAUCCCUCCUGUUACUAUGGUAACCCCCACCUCCCCAGUCAGCAGGGCACCCCUCCCUCGGUCGCUGAGCGAGGAAGAGACACCUGCCACCUUUGAGGUCCCAGCCACACCCACCGACGGAUCCCUACUGCCCAGUAUCAACAAGGGAAGAGCCCGCCUCUCCAUCCGGCGACGCCCACCUUCGAGACGCCACAGGAAGUCCAGCGGAGAGGAAGGAGACGGGGUGACGGGUGAAGAGAUGCCCCUAACUACACCCGACGACCAUGAGGCCAAAGUUGGGGAGGAAGAGAAGGGAGAGGGGGAGGAGGUGUUUGAGAAGGAAGUGGAAGAGAAGGAUGGCAAAAGAGCAGACACCACUAUGUCUACCAAAGAAAAGAUAGACACAGGCUCCUCUACCCCUGCUAACUCAAAGGAACAGAUUGAAACAACAGACAGAUCAACCACAGACACUGACUCACUGGAAAAGACAAAGUCCGAAAAAAUGCUGGAGCCCCAGAGAGAGGAGAGACAGACAGGAGAGGAGAGACAGGAGGACAGACAGAUAGCAGAGGAGAGACAGACAGGAGAGGAGGCAACGGGGUCUAGAGGAGAAGAGGUGAAAGAUUGUGGUCAGGGGUGUGGAGGAGAAGAAAAGGAGAAGGGGAGGGAGACUUGUUCAGUGGAGGAGUCAUCUACAGAGAGAGAGAAAGAAGAGGGGGAAGAAAAGGAGGGAGAGAGAGAUACAGACUGCAACGAAGAGAAGGAGAACACCAAGCUCUGAUGGUCCGUAACCGCACCAUGCCCCUGCCUUACAGAGUGGGAGACCCCCAUAGUGUGCACUAACUCCCCUCAUCCCAUAGCACAGUGUAGUGUAAAAGGUGAGACUAGUAUGGACUGCAGACUGUGCCACUGGAUGGAAUCCCUUUAGUCCUCUGCAUCUGGAAGGUCCUACACUCUGGUUCCAUCCCAAAUGGCACACUAUGCCCAAUAUAGUGCAGUACGUUUGACCAGGUUCAAUAGGCCUCUGGUCUAAAGUAGUGCACUAAUAUAGGGAAUAGGGUGUCAUUUGGGACAGAACUAUGCACAUUUUUCGACAUGUUUCUUGUAAAUUCUUAUUUGGUGUCAGCCUGUGACUUUGUUAUCUUUAGGCAGAUUAAUGCAAGAGAUUUGCAUGUACAGCUUUUAAAAAAAUACUUAUUUGGAUAGUUUUGCUUCUGCACAGAAUGUUUUGGUGCUCCACUUGAUUC